GUCGUUACUGUUCCUGGCGCUUGCUCUCCAUCUCCCCCAACUCUACUGCCAGCCUAUCGACCGGCCGCGGGCCGGAAAUCAAAAGGCUCUGAGGCAUCACCGUCGUUAACGCCAAAUACCGCGCCAAACCCUGCCUCACUGCUCAAUCAAAAGGACACCUGGACCUCCUUGCUUGUCAAGAUGCCGUCCUUCGUCAACUCUAGGACCUACUCCUGGCCCCCUUCACCCACUCACCUCUCGCUGUCCAGCCUGGCCGACGCUUCUCCCAAGCCCACUGGCCUCCCAGACAUCGACGACGACCCCUUCUCGCACUUCCUGACCCCCGUCAACGAAGAAGACGACCCCUACGACGCGCUCUCCCUCUCCGCUGGCAUCAUCUCCGCCCCAGAACCCACGGCCUCGAAGACCACGAAGUUCAAGUCCAGCGUUGCGCAAAAAUGGGCUCGCUACGUCGCGCGUCACCACGCCGACCUCCACGAGCUCUACCACCCAACCCCCGAGGAAGGCCCAGGCAACGACGACGAUGACGAAGGAUUCAUUCUCGACCUCGACGAUGCGCGUUUGGUAGAUACGCCACGCGCCCGGGACUUGCUCUCGACGCCUGCCAUCACGCUGUCUCAGCCGACGAGGGGCCGUGCGCAGGAGCUGCUGGUGCCUGGAGGACGACGGUCGCGCCGGGGUCGCGCGAGCAGGACGCUUUCAGGUCACCGGCAUAGCUGGCGCGAGCCGAGUCCGGAGCUCUUCACCGUCGCGGAGGUGGAGGAGGCGGAGAGCCCGGUGCGUGAGAGGAAGCGGCGGACUGCGACCGAUGAUGGUGACCGAACGGGAACCCGGAGGUCGGAACGGGCGAAAUUAUGACUUCGGCUGGUGGUGGAUUGUGGAGGGUGUUUCGGGAUAGGGUAUGCGGGGUGACUUGUUGCAUUGUGUUGGCGUUUGGGAUAUCAUUGCCGGAAGUGUUUCGACUUUUUCUUUUCGUGGUUCUGGGUUGCAUUUCUCGGCUGCAUCUAUUGGCGCAUGGGACUUUUUUUCUUCUCUGCAUAUCUCGGCGUCAUCACCUCCAUAUUUCCUUUUUUUUCAUUUCGGACUAGGUCCGGGGACUAUGUGUCCGCAAUCUCCUUCGCAUUUGUAUACUGUAAUCUGCAUACAUCAUUGGGCGGCGUUUCAGGACCUCAUCAUAUUUCACUCUUCCCUUAAUAGCAUAUUAUCGUCAGAAGUAGUAUUUCGUAAUAGUAUUGAAACGAGCAAUAGACACAUCUAGGC